CCUCUCCCUUUUACUUUCUCAAAUAGUUCUUUUAGAUUAGAAAACCAUUUCUACCGUUGAACAAAAUGCUGAACCAGUAUCUCAAAACUUCAAUUGCUUCGACGCGAGGCCCAUAUUUCAUCAAUUUAUUCCCUUUCAAGAAUCAUUCCUUAACCCUCUGCUGCUCUAAUGCUAAUAUCUUUGGAUAUGUGAGAUCCCCGAUUGAACCUAUAUCUCAUGUUCGAACUUAUAUGCUCUCUGCAUCUUCGUCUUAUCACCUGGUGCCAUUUCUAGGGACCCCUUGUUUCAAUUUGGUCAAAUUAUCGCAGCCCCUGAAUGCGCUCGCUGCGUUUAGGGUCUCUGUGCGUCAUUUUUGUUCGGAUUGGAGGAUUUACUGGUGAGCUUUAUCUUGGGCAAGAAGAGGGCCACAGAAGUUUCUCACUUGUAAGAAAUUUUAACAAAAGCAACGGCGAAAAGCCUAGGUUAGCAAACGGAACCCACAGAGAGAGAUGAGCAGCUCCACGAGGAAGAUGGUGCUGAAGAAGUGCAAGAUCAGAGGCUACACGCUUGAAUUGGACGCCGUCGACGAGAUCCUCUCCUUUGAAUCCGAAUUCUACAACGACUCUGCUUUGGACGAUCCCGUCGAUAUCCUCCUUGACCUCCUCGCGACCCAGCCCAUAAAAGACAAGGAGACGGUGCACCGCAUUGCUACCCGUAUAUUGGGUGCUGAUGCGGCCAUCAACGAAACCCCCGACGGCGAUGGUGAUGAUGUUAUAAGAGCCUCUGAUUUGCUCAUAAUUGAUGCCUCCAAGGUCCCAAAGUUCCGAUAUGAUCCCAUCAAGAAGGUUUUUUACAAGCAUACUGGGAGCCUACCCAUUCAUGGUGAUGCAUUUUCGAAAGCAGCUCUGUAUAAGGAUAGGUUUCUCUUGCUCUCCCAGAUGCUCUCUCGCCAUAAGGAUUUUUCCAAACCAGCCUUUGAUUCUGAAUUGUCAGAUUUCGGACGCUGUGAGAUAUCUCCAAUUCAGUCUCUGAUUGGGCAAACUGGAAGGAGAUGGGUGAUGGGUCUGAUAUCUCAGUUGGAGGAUGGCCAUUUUUAUUUGGAAGACCUUUCUGCUUCUGUCGAAAUCAACUUAUCCAAUGCAAAGAUAACUGCAGGAUUUUUUGUAGAAAACACAAUAGUUGUUGCAGAAGGCGAGAUGCUCUUAGAGGGUGUCUUUCAGGUGUUUAAUUGCGGAUUUCCUCCGCUUGAGGGCAGAGAUAAGUCACUCCAAUUUCUUGCAGGACAUGACUCUUUUGGUAGUGGUACACUAACAGAACAGGAGACGCUCAGACUUGCAAAGUUGGAAAGAGAAGCAGUUAAUGGGAAUGUUGUCAUACUGUCUGACAUUUGGCUAGACAAUGAAGAGGCUGUGGGAAAGCUGGAGAGAGUCCUAGAUGCUUUUGAGAAUGAGGACUUUGUACCGUGCUUAUUUGUACUCAUGGGGAAUUUUUGUUCUCAUCCAUGUAAUCUUGGUUUCCACUCCUUCUCCAAUCUCAGGUCGCAGUUUGGCAAGCUAGGGCAAAUGAUUGCUGCCCAUCCACGGCUAAAAGAGGGUAGUUGUUUUCUAUUUAUCCCAGGUCCCGAUGAUGCAGGCCCUUCAACUGUUCUACCAAGGCCUUCUUUACCAAAAUAUUUAAGAGAAGAGCUUCAAAAUCACAUUCCAAAUGCCAUAUUUUCAAGUAAUCCUUGUAGAAUGAAGUUCUGUAGCCAAGAGGUGGUAUUCUUCCGUCAGGAUCUGCUGUACAGAAUGCGCCGUUCAUGUCUGAUGCCCCCUUCUACAGAAGAAACUACCGAUGACUUUGAGCAUCUGGUUGCUACCAUAACCCAUCAAUGUCAUCUCUGCCCUCUCCCUCUUAUUGUACAACCGAUUAUCUGGAAUUAUGAUCACUCCCUGUACCUCUAUCCAACUCCACAUACGAUAGUUUUAGGUGACAGAAGCGAGCAAAAGGCUUUCAAAUACACAGGAAUCACUUGUUUUAAUCCUGGUUCCUUCUCAAGCGAUGGCGCCUUUGUGGUAUACCAUCCUGACAAUCAGGAAGUUGAAUUGUCAUCCUUAUAGUCAGAAUCAUCAAUUGAUGGACAAAAUUAAUUUGUUUUGUUUGUAGUGAAUAUGCAGAUUUCCAUUACUUCCAAAUUUAGAGACAUUUGCAGUUCGCAGUGCUUACUUUGUUUUGUUUA